AUGGCCGGGCUGGGGCUGGACAGAGACCUGCGGCACCUGCUGAAACUGCACCGCACAGAGAUCGCCAUGGCGGUGGAUGAUGUCUUCCCGCUGCUGCACGGCCUCGCUGACCACGACAUCGUCCCUGAGCACAUCUUCAAGGAGACGCUGAGCCAGACAGAGCGAGAGGGCUCCCACCGCGCGUUCCACGCACUGCUCACCUGGCUGCUGGGCCGCGAUGCUGCCGCUGUCCGUGACUUCUGGGCUGUCCUCUUCAAGGACUACAACCUGGAGCGCUACACCCGGCUCCGGCCUCUCCACAGCACCUUCCCCGCAGAGGUGGAGCUUGGGCAGCAGUGCAGCAGCAGAUGCCCAUCCCCCAACUCCAUGGGACCAACCCCACACAGACCCCAAGGCAAGAGAAAAGCUGAGGAGUGGGACGGGGCCCAGGUGGCACAACCCUCACCACGGCACACUGCCAGCCCUGGGCUCCUGGCAAAGGCAAAGACUGUGAAGAAGCCAGAGAGUGCGGACACUGCACGCACAUCCCGUACCAGUGGCAGUGCCAAGGCAGGCAGCAGAGCUAGGGAUGAGCUCUGCGUACCAGCUGCUGCAGAUGGGUCCCCAAAGAACCUUGUUUCACAGAGCGGAGAGAUGUGUGUGACCGCCCAGGGCCAUCUGCCAGCAGUACCUGUGCACAGCCAGGACCCAGCACCCUACCAGGACAACGAGGAUGAGUGUGCCGUGUGCGGAGACGGCGGAGAGCUGAUCUGCUGCGAUGGCUGUCCCAGGGCCUUCCACCUCCCAUGCCUGGUACCCCCGCUGCCUCGUGUCCCGAGUGGGACGUGGCAAUGCAGCUCGUGUGUGGCCGAGCUGGGCCGGCUGCGGGAGGCAGACACGGCUGCGGAGCAGCUCCCUGCGGUCCCAGACAAGGAGGAGCACGGUGCCCAGCCGGGAGGAAGCCACUGGAGCACCUGUGUCCGCUGUUUCUUCAAGAUCUCCGCACCCCAACGCUGCCCCACGCGUGAUGGAGACCCCGGGUGAGUCCCCUCCGCCUCGCCCCCACGUCACAGCCCAAGCCUCUCCAUUCCUUCCUGCCGCUCGGAGCGCUCGCAAAUACCUCGUUGGCUUGCAGAGGGCUGUGGCUU